UGGAGGAAGAGGAUGCAGGAGGCAUUUUUCCUGUAGCGGUGCCCUGGAAUACAUAACAAUUCAUUGCCUCCCUAAAGUAGCUACUCAACCCUUCCAUCAGCAGACCUCACAGGGUAGGUUGUAGUUUAGGCACUGUGUACGCGGUUCGAUAAUUCAUAGCUAGAAAUAAUAGCCAAGUGAUUUUGGAGGUGGCGGCACCGGCGAGUACAGGCCCACUGCUGCAGCGCUCCAUCCAGUAAAUAGAACGUGUUUUCCGGGUGAGGGUCAACCACGGUUCCGCUGAGUCAAACUGCGGCAGCGCCAGCAUCAGAGUGAACAUCGAAGAGGGCGAGGAAGGUGACUGCUCAAAGGCAAAAGGUUACAUUGUGUGUCUGCUCCUUACCUGAUUGGUAGAGGGUGUGCCCUCUACCCUGGGCAAGUGGCUGCUGGCGCAGGACUCGCCCGUCGAGUAUGACUUGCAGGCCGUGGUUUAGGUUAGGGGGCUGAUGCUGGAGGGCUCGGGCAAGGAGUGCCACGUGAUGACAGCCUGGUCUAUGGUGGAGGAGCUGAAGAUGGACAAACGGUCCUCCAGGAAGCAGGAGGGCAGCGGCGCCCCCAGGGAGGCCCCAGACGCCAGCGGAGAGUCGGACGAGGGCUCCAGCUCGGAGAGUGAGGCCGAGCAGGCGAGCCGGAGCCGGAGGAGGGAGGCGCUCAUCACCUCCAAGCCCCACCGGCAGCUCUGCCGUUCACCCUGCCUGGACAGGCCCAGCUUCUCCCAGAGCAGCACGCUUCAGGAGCUGAGGGCCGACGACCCCAGGCCCGUCGCCGACAAGGGCUACCAGGCCAAGAUGGACUUUGCCUUGAAGCUGGGAUACUCGGGAGAGCAGGUGGAGACCGUGCUCAACAAGCUGGGGCCCAGCGCCCUCAUCAACGACGUCUUGGCGGAGUUGGUGAGGCUGGGCAACAAGGGCGACGCAGAGGCCCAGGCGGGUGGCGGCGCCGCCACCAGCACCGGGGCUGCCACCGGCACCAGCGUGCUGCUACCCAGGGGCCCCUGUGCCAAGGAGAUAAGCAGCCCGGAGGUGUCGCUAGAGGACGAAUCUGUGGACAACGCGGACAACUUGAGGCCCAUCGUCAUCGACGGCUCCAACGUUGCGAUGAGCCAUGGAAACAAAGAGGUGUUCUCUUGCCGUGGCAUCCAGCUGGCAGUGGAUUGGUUCCUGGAGAAGGGGCACAAAGACAUCACAGUGUUUGUUCCAGCUUGGAGAAAAGAGCAAUCAAGACCUGAUGCUCCUAUUACAGAUCAAGAAAUCUUAAGGAAACUUGAGAAGGAGAAGAUCCUGGUAUUUACCCCGUCUCGGAGGGUCCAGGGAAGGAGGGUCGUGUGUUACGAUGACCGCUUCAUUGUCAAGCUUGCCUGUGACUCAGAUGGUAUCAUCGUAUCCAAUGACAACUACAGAGACCUCCAAAACGAGAAGCCAGAGUGGAAAAAAUUCAUAGAGGACCGCCUCCUCAUGUAUUCCUUUGUGAAUGAUAAGUUCAUGCCACCAGAUGAUCCUUUGGGAAGACACGGCCCAAGUUUGGAGAAUUUCCUCAGAAAACGCCCUGUCAUCCCAGAGCACAAGAAGCAACCAUGUCCGUAUGGAAAAAAAUGUACUUACGGACACAAAUGCAAGUACUACCACCCUGAGCGUGCCAACCAGCCUCAGAGGUCAGUGGCGGACGAGCUGCGGGCGUUUGCUAAGCUGUCGGCCGUGAAGACGAUGAGCGAGGGGGCCCUGGUGAAGUGCGGCUCCGGCCCUGUCGCCGGCAAAGGAGAGGCCGGCUCCGAGGCCAAGCGCGUCGCCCCCAAACGCCAGUCGGACCCCAGCAUCCGCUCGGUGGCCUGCGAGGAGGAGAAGCUGUCGGCCGCCCGCAAACCGGAAGCCAGCUCCGUGCCGUCCCUGGUGACCGCCCUCAGCGUGCCCACCAUGCAGUCGGCUAAAAGCCACGCGGCCGGUGCCCUGAACACCCGCUCCGCCAGCAGCCCCGUGCCCGGCUCCUCCCAGUUCUCCUGCAGCUCCCUGGAGCACAUGUCCAGCGUGCAGUACCCGCCCAUCCUGGUCACCAACAGCCAGGGCGCCUCCGUCAGCUACAGCGAGCCCUUCCCGAAGUACGACUCGGUGAGCGACCACGGCUACUACUCCAUGCUGAGCGACUUCUCCAGCGUCAGCCUGGGCAGCAUGCACAACACGGACAGCUUCUACAGUAUGGACCAGGAGAUGGGCGGCUACCCCAAGAGCCAGUCCAGCAGCGACUCCUACUCCUCCUACGGGGACGUUUACAUGGGGUCACUGGACAGCAGCCUGGAGGAGAGCGUGAAGGGCCACCAGCCUGCUUCCGCCCAAGCCAGGAUGCAGGCCUUCGCCCACGGCUUCCACCACGAGGCCCUCACCCGGGUCCAGAGCUAUGGCUCGGAGGAGCCCAAGCAGGCCCCCCGCAAGCUGUCCCACCUGGCCCCGCACGUCCAGCACUCCCUGGUGGGCGCCCGCUCCAGCUGCCCCGGGGACUACCCCGUCCCCCAGAACGUCCACCCCUCCUCCUCGUCCUCCUCCUCCUCCUCCACCUCCCAGCCCGGCAGGACCCUGGGGAUGACCCGCAUGGACAGCGUCUCCGACUCCCGGCUGUACGAGAGCAACCCCAUGAGGCUGCGGAGGCCGCCGCUGUGCCGGGAGCAGCACGCCAGCUGGGACCCCCUGCCUGGCGGCUCUGAGUCCUGCGGGUGCCACUCGUACCCGCUGGGCAGCACGCUCAUGCAGCCCUGCUGCGAGCGGGUGAUGGUGCGCAGCAUGCCCGACAAGAUGGAACAGACCUGGCGCUGCCCUUCUCCCUGGGAGGAGGUGCCCGCCGAACCCCUGGAGCGCCAGCCCGUGCCCGAGCACCAGUACCAGACCUACCGCAACCUCUGCAACAUCUUCCCCGCCAGCGUCGUCCACUCCGUCAUGGAGCGGAACCCGCACCUGACCGACCCGCAGCAGCUGGCAGCCGUCAUCGUCUGCAAGCUGAGGGCGGGCCGCUAACCCUUUUUGUUUCGCUUUGAAGGAAAGAAAAAAGUAUAAUAUUAUAUAUUUACUGGACAUAAACCACUGUUUUUUAAAACGUGUAAGUGCACAAAGUUGAACACACGGUGUAUUGCCUGUGUUUGUAUGCCCACGAGCACGCAUUUUGACACUAGGUUUCCUUGUGAGAUAUUAGGAAGAGAGCAGAAGAUAGGGACCUUUGAAAGUGUGUAUCUCAGUGCAUGGGAUUUCAAUGUGUAAAAAGCCUUAUAUUUAAAUGACCUCACUGCAAUCAUUGUCGACCACUAUUCAUUUUGAGUAUUGAGUGUUGCGGUUGAAGAGGUCUUCUUUGGUUCUUAAAGUGUUAAGCACUAUCAGUGUGUAGAAAUAUUUUCUCAAUAAUUUUCCUUACAUAAACUGCCUUUUUUGAGCAGGACAUAGCAAAAUGCAUACAAUUUAGACAAACGUGACGGCAAGAUGACCAGUCAUAAUUUUGCCUUUUGGUAGUUAAACUGAAGCCAACCUUUGAAAGAACACCAGGCCCAUGGUUAUUGGGUAUUUCAAAGCUGCUGAAAUUAUGCCAAAAAAGAUAAUCAUAUGUGUCGCAUUAAGACACAGCAGUCAUGUUUUCUUUAUUUUUGAUGUCAAUGCUGGCUAUGGCGUGAAUGUUAAAGUACACAUAUCCUUACGUAUAUAUCUGACAAUGUCGCGUGUAGUUUUGU